GGUAUACUGUAUGGUCAACAGCUGAUCGUGGAAGGUUUCAGGAUUGUGGGUUAUGAGGUUGUAGUAUGGUGUAAUUAGAUCUUUUAGUGCAAAAGCUUGAUGGCCUUGAGUUGGCAAAUUCAGUACAAGGGAUCAGCAUUGUUCACAGAAAUUUACGCAAGCUUACUACUAUUAAAAUGUUUAUAGUUGGAGUAACAGGUGGCAUAGCGACGGGAAAGAGCGCCGUCUGUGAAAUAUUCAAGGAAUAUGGUAUUCCUGUAAUUGAUGCUGAUGUUGCCGCAAGGAAAGUUGUUGAGCCUGGUAGAAAGGCAUGGCAUCUGAUAAAGAAGGAGUUUGGUGACGCUGUGUUUCAUAAAGAUGGGCAACUUAAUCGUGAAGUUCUUGGUGAAAUCAUUUUUGACAGUGUGGAGAAGAGAAAGAAGCUGAAUGAAAUUACACAUCCUGAAAUCUACAGUGAAAUGUUUUGGGCAGCUGUUAGAUGCUUCUUUCAAGGUCAUCAGUUCAUUGUGAUGGACUUGCCACUCCUGUUUGAAUCAGGAAGCAUGGUAGAUUAUCUGUAUAAAAUAAUAGUUGUGACAUGUGAGGAAGACCUUCAACUUCAGCGACUUAUUGAAAGGAAUUUUAUGACAGAAGCCAAAGCCAAGAAACGCAUUAGUGCCCAGAUGUCUCUGGAGCGUAAAUGUGAGCAAGCACACUUCGUUGUAGAGAACUCCGGUACAACACAGGACACACGUGAACAGGUUCUGCGGAUAUUAUCUAUUCUCCGCAGCUACAGAGCACACUGGAAGCUGAGAGCGAUCGCAGGACUCUGCUGCACUGGACUAGUGUCACUGCUAAUCUGGAUUGGCUUCAGGGUUCUCUACUCCCAGCAUUCAACGGUGUCUCGUCGUCGGUAGUCAGACAUCAUUACCUAGUUGUGUAUUUAUGAUUUGUGCUUGGGGCAGCAAGAUGUUUUCAUAUAUAGCCAGGCCUAAUGUACAGAGCCUAUUCCUAAUAUGCAUUUGUCUGAGUGAAAAAGUAAUUAGCGAAAGCCAAACUUAAUGCUGGUGGUAGGACAAGUGGAGAACUAACAACGUAACUGCUAUGUAAGACACAGCUGUAAAAACUACAGUGGAUAUUUGCAGAGGUUUAUCAAGCAGACAGAUGUAGAAUGAGUGGAAUUUAGUCCACAUGAAUGGCGUUUAAAACAGCAUCAUCAUUUUGUAAUGGCUAAUAGUCAUUCACCUAGUCAAAUUCCCCAUAUUUUAUUGAAUCUGAAGUUUCAUUAACAUGCUACCAAAGUCUGCCAAGUCCAAGAUCUUGUGUAAUAUUUUGUAACUUGUUGAUAUUUUACAGUUAGAAGUGUUUAACCCUCUGUCAAAACUGGAAGACCUUCCUUUAUUGGUUGUCCAUAAAUGCUUAUUUAAUGUGCUCACCGUCAUCCUCGAUUACAAGUAUCUAAACAAAGUGAAAAGGCAAACACUUGUGACUGGAAUUAAAUUAUUUUAUAAUGUGAUGAAUACUUCUAUGCCAUAGUAGUGAUUCUACAUUGUUUUUUCUCCUUCCCAUCUGAAUGUAAGAAGCGCUGAAAUAAAUUAUAUUUAAAAGUGUA